AUUCUAUAUAAACCAUGUGUACUACUCCAAAAUUUUAGCACUUAUGUGGAUUAAUUAAUUAAUUAAUUAAUUUAGAUAGGAGAUGACUAGUAUAAAAACAGAUUUUAAUGGGGGACCUAGCUGUCUCAUUCUUUAAUCUUGGGGGAAGUUAGCUGCAAAAAAAAAAAAGAAAAAAAGAAAAAAAAAAGGGGGCUUUGGAUGAACAAAUUAAAGGGGAAGGAAAAACCCAAUUCUCUUUUGGGUUUUCUCCUCUUUAGGGUUUCUUCUUCUCCUCUAUUCCAACUCCAAAUCAUAAUCUAUGAUGCUUUUUCUUUUCCUAAUCAAGAAAAUAUCAAGAUUUGCUGUUGUACAUUCCUUGAAUGCCCAGUGGGUGCUCCUUUUGCAACUUUCUAGUAGCGAAAUCAGGGACUCGAGAAACCAAGGGGAGUGUGUGACGAGCUAAAAGGCUAGUUACUUAUGUUUUGGAAUUAGUUUGUUUUGAAGAUAGGCCCAUUAGACUAAUCAUGUUGGAUUAAGAUUUUGUUUUGAGAUUUUAUGGUAUUAGAGUAGAUUAUGUGGGACUUAAAAGAGGAAAAUUAGAUAAGGAUCAGUUAUAUUUUUCCUUCUUUCUCCCCAGCCAUUUUCACGAUUCUGCUCUUCUUCUUUUCCUCUCCCCUGCACCGAGGAAAGCCCCCAAGCUGCCAGCAACAAUUCCCUUGAAGAAAAACCGGUAAAAGCUUGGGGAUUUCUCUUUCUUUUCUUGUUCUAGAACACAUGUAGAACCCAGAAAUCUCUACCCCUCUGCUGAAAUUCCAGAUCUGCUCAGUUUCUCCCCCUCCCUUGUCCGUGAGUUGCAGCUGGUGAUGCGAAAUUCUGGGCUUUUUUCGGUCAGAACAGCCAUGAUUUCAUCCUUUUAGCUUUGAUUUAAGUUGGGUUUACUCUAAUUCCUCUUGGUCCUCCAAUUUUGGGUGGUUCCCGUGAGUCCCCUGCAGCUUGCUGCCGCCAGCUUCUCCCCCUGCCAGCUCUGGUUUGCUUGCUGGAAAUUCUGGUUCGUGAUUGUCCUAUCACCUGAGCACUUGGCUUGAGUUUCCAAUUUUAUGUGAUUUGAGGAAGCGAAACCGAGAACGGGGAAACCACGGGAAGUGACGAGUUAGAAGUCUAACCAUUUCGAGAUUGAUAUAGAUUUUAGAAAUAAAUCAUGCUUUUGUAAGAUAGAUUUUACCUUGAAUUUAUGAGAUCAAAAUAGAUUUUGGUCAUUAGAUCAAUUAUUUGGAUUUAAGUCAUUUUGGAUAUAAAAAUAAAUUGAGAUAUUUGAUUUAAGUUAUUGGAUUGUCAGAUGUAAAUGGGAUAAGUUUCGAGCCUUGUGUAUUUGUGGGAUCCUCUCACGAGUGCAUGGCGUCUGUCACGUACCCAGAUUUGGGUUCUGGGGCAUGACAAAAAACAUCAAACUAAGAUGAUGGGUCAUCCAAGCAGUUCCAUAAUGAUUGGUAUCCAAGUAACAAGCAAUGGUGGGAACAGUUAUGAUGAGAACAAUCAAUUGGGUUAUACUACUUGUAGCACACAUUAGUGUAACAACUGACUUAGAAUGAAGAACAUUGAUAAUGCAUAAGGUCAGAUGUUAAGCACUUGUAAGUGUUUGAUCAUAGUGUUAUGUAUAUAUAGGCAACUCCACUAAUUGCUU